AUGGCACAUGUGGACAGAAAAAAGAUUCUCCAGAAACACUCAGAUGAGCUAAAUGAAGCAGUAAAAGUUUUGAUGACAGAACUGGGAGAAAUGCCGGUCUCAGACAUGAAUAAUCUGCCUGAUGUGUUAAAGAGGGCUGGUGCCUGCUCUUUUUCUUUUCAGCAGAAAUUGGAUGCUAUUAAAGAAGACGUACAGCAUCAAGAAAAUUCGGACGAGGCACAAAUGAAAAGACUACCACAAAAGCAACAAGGUGGUGAAGACAAAGACUUGACACACCAAUUAAAAGCACAACUUCUGCGCAAUGUUGAAAUUCAGAACUCCAAGCUGAAAGCAGAACUGGCCUUGCGUGAGAAGCUAUCUGAUUUGAAAACACUAACCCAGCAAAGCCAAAGUUUGAAUGAAGACUGGACGGUAUCACACAGAAACUCAAUGAGAAUUCUGAAGAAAUUGGAAGAGAAAUGUGCCCAUGGGGAUAAAAGGAAUGCAGAGCUCCAGGAAGAACUGACAAAAUCUCAGCAGCUGGUGAAAAAGUACAAGUCUCUGUGCGAGACAAGUCAAAAGCCUGCUGCUGCUCCAGCAGAGUUAUCUCAUCACUCAUUGUUAGAGCUUGAUGAGCUCAGACCCAAAACUGCAUCUCGUGCAAUGCUGACUUCAUUCAGAGUUAACGAUGUUGUACGGAGGAACGAGUGUCUUACUGAGGAAAAUGCAGAUUUAAUCAGAGAGGUACAGAGGUUGAAGCGUGACAACGCAGAUUUACUGAAGAAAGCCAAGCGCUCCAUGUCAGACAGGGAGACCAUUUUGGUAAAAUUACAGACAAGUGAAUCCUCAAAACAGGAACUUUAUAAAAGGCUUAACAGAGAGAAACAAAAGCACCAGUCUCUGAAUAGAAGUAUGACUAGGCAGGCCUCAGAAUGGAUUCAGACCAAGAAACUGCUUCAUCAAAUAGAAGAGGGAUAUAGAUGGGAUCAGGUCGGACCAAUUUCUCCAUUCGGUAUUGACCAAACCUACGCUGUCCAGUCAGUGACGAAAAACUCCUACAUGCCGCGCACAGUAUGUGUGGUAGAGCCAUGUGACUAAACCAGCCAUUCAAAAGGAAGUCUCCAAACAAUUUUGCUUUUGCAUGUGAAACCUGGGAUUAAGAUAGACAGUCUUAACCCAUAUAUCAGCAAGCCAUGAUUACAAGACAGGGCUUCUUCUCUAUCAGGCACUUGAGGCUACGUUUCUAUCGGUGCUUGCUUGUAAUUUGGUCUUCAGAACAUGUUUAUUGAUUAUUUCAUUUUUUCUCUCUGAUUAUUUGGUAUCUUUCAGUGUAGACACAAAAAUUUGUCAAAUAACAUUGUUUCAAACCAUUGUAAAUGCAGGUGAUCUAUACCACAGGGAUUCUGUACACAUCUUGUUAUACUGGCGAUAGAAAGGAAGAAAUGAAGGAAGUCCUCAGAAUUCUUCAGCAGCCUAAUAGGAA